AAAAUAACUGUUAUGACGUUAAAUGCUUCUCUUAUGUUCACACAGUUAUGAUAUAACUAGUUAUAUUAUUGUUUUCACAUUUAAGCCACACCUCUCAGCUCAGCCACCCACACACUCGCGCAAUGCAUUUGUUUCAAACAGGAAAUUAUCAAAGUCGUCCCUUCACUUCCAUCAAGUCUAUCAAGCUGAACUUGUUUGACUGAUAUCACACAAGAUGAUUAAUGAAGAGUGGCUGUGCAGUUCAUUUAAACUCUGUGAACUAGUCAACACUUCAGAAUCUGGUCAUGACUCAGGACAGAUAGUAAUCAUCAGUGAUUCAUCCCCACAACCUGCUUAUAACCCAUCAUCAAUCCAGUAUGCUUUGGAAACAUACAGCCGAUUGCUGGAUGCAACAUUAGAACACAAUAGAGAGCCCAUUCAACGUUUUGCAGAGAUGACAGCCCAAACUAUUAUAGAUUCCACAGUGAGGCUCAGAGAUCCAAGUAAAUCUGUCAAAGUGAGACAGGACGAAGUUGAGAUGCUAGCAGAAGAGCUAACAUUACAGGUCUGUUGCAAAGCAUUGGAAGAGAUGGAGAGGCAUCAUUACUCUGAAGAUCCAUCAUCCAAAAAUAUAUAUGAUGGGAUAAUGGUGGCGACUCACGAAAACACACCAGUCCUGUGCUCCACGGGCUGUGAUAAAAACACAUCUGAAAUGGAAACAGACUGCAAGAUGGAAGAAUACGAUGAUGCAUAUACUAUAGCCUAUGCUACGUCCUUAAAGAGCAUGGCUAGUUUUGGCUCUAUUGAAUACCCUGAUGCUCCUCCAAGCACCCCUUUACUUCCAGAGAUGAUAAGAAGUCGAGCCAGUUUCACAAGGAAGCUGAAGGGAGGAUUGGCCAAAGAGUUUCUUCCCUCACCCCCUCCGCCAACACCAAAAGACCAUAUGCAACCCUUACUGGAGAACCAAACGGCAGAUACGCCUGCUGACUUUGUGGUCAGGCUAAUGCGCUCACUUUCGCUAGAGUGCUAUCAAAAUGGAGGAGAAGAAAAAGAGGAGUCCACAGAACUAGAAGAUGGUCAAAAUAACAUGCUGACUGACUACGCAGCUCAACUAUCUGCUGAGAUCCUGAAUUUUAUCCCCACCAAUGAGGUCAAAGAUAAGGGUUGUCUCAAAUGUAUGUUGGAUAUUGCUGACCAGCUAGCUGGUGAAAUUGUCUCAGGGUCUUUAGCAAAUGUGAUGGUAAGCGAAAAAAGGAAGGAUAAGAUAGACAUGUCUUCUGCUAAAAGAUCUAGCAUACCAGUCUCUACAGCAGACAGGGUGGAAGUGUUAGCUAGUGAGAUAAUCAUUAAUGCUAUCGUUCAAGCUUUUGCAAAGCUAAGACAGGAUGAGGUUAAACAUGAAACCCAGCCAUAUCUUUCAGGCAGAGUGGUGAAACCACAGCCAUGGGAAGAAGAAAGACAUUCAAACACAGUGUGUAAAGACUCAAUCAACUCCCACAAAGCCUUCAGUAAAUCAGAAUUGAACACCAUUUCAGCUGAUGACACAAAAGUGGCAUCAUUGGUGCAAAGAUUUGCCAACGACUUUGCAGAACUCGUGCUUCAGCAAUCAAUAUUUGAUGCUUUCAGCUUGUGCUUUAGCUGUAAGCAAUCUGAGAGAAGUGACAUUGUCUUACAAAAAGACAAAAACAUAAAAAUAAUCAAGAUACGCACUGAGGAAAGCCACCAGAUCCAGGAACUGCAGUGUGUUCUACUCUGGGCUGCAGCCUCUCUGAGAGGAAGUUCAGCACUUCAGUUUGAUCUGCCAGACACAAGGCUUCAACAACAGCUCUGCAGACUCUCUCGGAAUGCCUGUCUGAAUGGCUGGACAGUGGCCGCUUUAAUGGCUUCCCUCCACCAGUUUUGCGACAUGCAGCAAGCCAGCAGAGGGCGCUACGAGAGCUCUGAAUCCCUCCUGGAGCAUCUGCAGCACCUGACUGACAACGUAUGUUUAAACUGAACUCAGUCCAGCUUCACCCUUGCAGAACCGGCCGCCAAUCCAUGCGCCGCCCCUCCUGAAAUGAAGACAGAACACAGCAGGCAUCAGUCUUCAUCUACACACUCUUCAACGUCCUCAGCGCUAAUAAAAGCAGACAGAGUCAUAACAAACUAUGCUCAGUUAUAAUCGAUUUGAUUGAAAACGAGCCCUUAAAAACGAAACAGCUGUGCGCGCACUGCCUCCUCACAACAAUCAGACAUCCGAUCCAAAGGCUAAACCACAGCCAUUAUUAGGUAAGCAGAAAUCAGACUACAAAUCACCUCUAGAUGUUACCACCACCCAAAACACACUGACACUUUCUUGACCAAAGAUCCUGUAUUCUGAACGUCUGUGUUUUUAUAUGUCACUGCCAAUAAUAAAGUGUGUCUGAAUAAUGAUAAACAGCCAAUGCUGUAUUGUUA